AUGGCGCCGCCCGGGCUCAUUCAUUCCGCGCCGGGCCUGCCAGACACCUGCGCGCCGCCGCCCGCCGCCCGCGCCAGCAUGUCGGCCCCCGCCGCCGAGACGCCGUCGGCCAUCCAGAUCUGCCGGAUCAUGCGGCCCGACGAUGCCAACGUGGCCGGCAACGUCCAUGGGGGCACCAUCCUGAAGAUGAUCGAGGAGGCGGGUGCCAUCAUCAGCACCCGGCACUGUAACAGUCAGAACGGGGAGCGCUGCGUGGCCGCCCUGGCCCGGGUGGAGCGCACCGACUUCCUGUCGCCCAUGUGCAUCGGCGAGGUGGCGCACGUCAGUGCCGAGAUCACCUACACCUCCAAGCACUCCGUGGAGGUCCAGGUCAACGUGAUGUCGGAGAACAUCCUCACAGGUACCAAAAAGCUGACCAACAAGGCCACCCUGUGGUACGUGCCUCUCUCGCUGAAGAAUGUGGACAAGGUCCUGGAGGUGCCGCCGGUGGUGUACUCCCGGCAGGAGCAGGAGGAGGAGGGCCGCAAGCGCUACGAGGCCCAGAAGCUGGAGCGCAUGGAGACCAAGUGGCGGAACGGGGACAUCGUCCAGCCCGUCCUGAACCCAGAGCCCAACACGGUCAGCUACAGCCAGUCCAGCCUGAUCCACUUGGUGGGGCCUUCCGACUGCACCCUGCACGGCUUCGUGCACGGAGGGGUCACCAUGAAGCUCAUGGAUGAGGUGGCCGGGAUUGUGGCCGCUCGCCACUGCAAGACCAACAUCGUCACUGCCUCCGUGGACGCCAUCAACUUUCACGACAAGAUCAGGAAAGGCUGCGUCAUCACCAUCUCCGGGCGCAUGACCUUCACCAGCAAUAAGUCCAUGGAGAUCGAGGUCCUGGUAGAUGCCGACCCCGUGGUGGACAACUCGCAGAAGCGCUACCGGGCCGCCAGCGCCUUCUUCACCUACGUGUCCCUGAGCCAGGAGGGCCGGUCGCUGCCUGUGCCCCAGCUCGUGCCCGAGACCGAGGACGAGAAGAAGCGUUUUGAGGAGGGCAAAGGGCGGUACCUACAGAUGAAGGCGAAACGCCAGGGCCACGCCGAGCCGCAGCCCUGAGGCCCUCCCGCGCGGGGCCUGGCCAGCGCCCGCAGGGGCCCCAGCUCGUCUCCCAGAUGGCCCCCCUCGGCCAAAACCCCCUUCACGUUGAGAGCUGGUGUCGUGCGAAGUACUUGUCUCACGGUGUUAACCUUCACUCCUGGAAACCUACACACCAAAGCUUUAUUUAUAUCCGUCCAGUGUCUGCUCCACAGCGUUGUCCCCGCCGCCGCCAGAGCCUGCCCCGGAGCCCCGGGACACUCGAGCGGGCUGCACACUGGGGGGCAUCCAGCACCACUAAUAAAGCUGCUGUUUGGCUGGA